AUGGCUCAAACCUCCAGCUUCGGAACCAUCCUCCAAUCCGACCAUUUCACCUUCAUCGUCGGCCCCAAAAAGAAGAGCAUCAUCGUCCAUCGAGAAGCAAUAUCAGCCAUCUCCGAGCCGUUGAAAGUGCAAAUGCAUGGCUUAUUCAGCAGCGAAGCCGAGGGAGGCGAGGCAUCGCUUCCGGACAUCGACGUCGAAGACUUCGUCCGGUUCUGCGAAUACGCGUACCGCGGCGACUACACCGUGCCCCUGUUCCGGAGCGAUCUCGGUGAAGCGAAAGAACCCGGCAAUGACGUUAGGUCUAUCAGCGAGAAGAUGACAGGGCGAAGAACUGGAGAGCAGCCCUCUGGGGCGUAUGCGGCAGAGCAGCGACCAGAAACCACGACUUGGAUUCCCCGUUGGUGGUGGAAGAAAGAUGAUAAUGUGAGCCCCAUGACCAAUCGCCACAUUCUGCUAGAAAGACUGUACGGCCACAAGUAUUUCCUUGACGGCCACCCGCAAUCACGCAUAGUGGCGCAGUGCGUGCCCACGGGCAACAACGACCCAACAGAGGACUUCACCCCCGUGUUUCUUGCGCACGCGCAACUAUUUCGCUUCGCGCGUGAAAAGAAAGUGGAAACCCUGGCAGCACUGGCCCUCUAUAAGCUCCACCGGACUCUGAUGGAGUUCAAGCUAUACCACAAUAGGGUGAUAGACAUCCUUGAACUCGCAAGAUACGCUUACUUAAAGGGCAGGAGCAGUGGCGGAAGGAUGGACGAGUUGCGAAAGCUUGUGAUUGAAUAUAUCAUCUGUAAAGUGGAUAAGAUUGGCAAGACGAAAGAGUUGUCGGACUUGCUCCGAGAGGUCGGAGAGUUUGCGGUGGAUUACACCGAGCUAAUUCUACAGAUAAUGUGA